AUAGGUCCUUUCACUUCCGGUGUUGGUAAGUGGUAUCACGUGGUGAAGAUUUUUCGUUGUUUAAUGGCUUGUGAUUUGGCAAAAGACACCUUUUGGUUCGAUAAAGCUAGGACAAGUGACGCUGAAAGAAUCUAUUUUGAAAAAUUGUACGGAAAUAAACAGACACAGCAAAAAAACGCUUCAGCAUCUUCUGUCGUCGAUCAAAUAGCUCGCGCAAGAGAGCAAAUUGAAAAAUCUCUAUCUCAAACGAACGACUCAUUUGGAGACAUGGCUUCGGAAGCAAUGAAAAAAUUAGAACUUAUGGAGACCAGCAACAAGAACAUGAUACAGAAAAUCGAAAAUUUAACGAGUUUGGUAUCUAAACUACAGGACAGAGUAAAGGUUCUUGAAGGAAAGUCAUCAGAGAAACCGAAAGAAGAAGAAGAGGAUGAUGAUGAUGAAGAUUUGUUUGCUUCAGAUGAUGAAGAAGAAGAUGAAGAAGCUUCACGUAUUCGUGAAGAACGCCUAAAAGCAUAUGCUGAAAAAAAAUCUGCAAAGAAAGCUGUGGUCGCCAAGUCGAGUUUAAUCUUGGAAGUUAAACCAUGGGAUGAUGAAACUGAUAUGAAAGCUCUCGAAGAAUCAGUUCGCACUGUCACUAUGGAUGGUUUGCUGUGGGGAGCAUCAAAACUGGUACCAGUAGGAUACGGGAUUCAGAAAUUGCAGAUCAGCUGUGUCAUUGAAGACGAUAAAGUCAGCACAGAUGACCUUACCGAAAAGAUCGAGGCUUUCGAAGAUUACGUCCAGAGUGUUGAUAUUGCUGCUUUUAAUAAGAUUUAA